GAAGGAAAUGAAGUUCAUCCGCCUCACAUCUACCAUCAAAGCCAUAUUAAUGUCCUGCGCCAUGGUUCUCGACAAAGGAGCAAUCUUCUGGUGUAUACUAGUUUAUGUACUGACAGGAAACCCCCUUAACUCCGCUUAUGUUUUCACCAUGACCUCCUUCUAUCGACUUUUGAACACAAUCACAAUGUUCUUCCCGCAAGCAGUUUCGCAAGUCUCAGAAAUGUUCAUAUCCAUCAAAAGAGUCAGAACGUUUUUGAUGUACGAUGAACUUGAUUUUGGAACCGUCAAUUUACCAAAAAGUAUAACAAACGGAGUGAGCAAAAACGAGCAUACUACCGGAAAGAAAGAUGUGGGGAUUCAGUUGUACAAAGCUUCUGCUAAGUGGUUGAAAUUUCUGCCAGAAAAUAACUUGGAAGACAUAUCUUUGGAUGUGACCAGCGGUGAUCUAGUUGCUGUGGUGGGGUCUGUUGGAAGUGGCAAAACUACACUGCUCAACAUGGUACUUGGAGAAUUAGUACCUCAAGCUGGCACUGUCAAAGUGAAAGGAACAGUAUCGUAUGCCUCUCAAGAGCCCUGGUUGUUUGGAGGCAGUGUGAGGCAAAACAUCCUCUUCGGACAGGAAUUUGAUCAGAGAAAAUACGACGAAGUUGUCAGAGUUUGUGCCUUAGAAAGAGACUUCAAACUCUUCCCCCACGGUGACAGAACUUUAGCUGGCGAAAGAGGUGUUACCUUGAGCGGAGGACAAAGAGCCAGGAUCAACCUAGCCAGGGCGGUCUACAAAGAAGCAGACAUCUAUCUAUUAGAUGACCCAUUAUCAGCUGUGGAUACCCACGUCGGAAAGCAACUGUUCGAUGAAUGCAUCUGCGAGUACCUGAAAGAAAAAUGCGUUAUUCUGGUGACCCACCAACUUCAGUACUUGAAAAAUGUGAAUAACAUAUAUUUACUGGAAUAUGGAAAAGUUGUGGUAUCCGGAUCAUAUGAAGAGAUCAGAACUUCCGACACCAAGUUCUCCAGGAUGUUGGCUAACUUGGAGGAAGAAGAGGAGGAGAUAAGGAGAAAGUCCAUGAUAUUGGCGGAGAAACAAGAAGAGCAACUCUUAGAUGACGACGACCAAAUACAAAUUUUACAGAGGGAGGAGAAAGGGGUGGGAGGAAUUUGUGGUGAUUCAAAAAAUGUGAUGAGAUUCAUAGUAUACCACUACUCGGUUGUGAUUAUUUUAACCCGGAGUCACGAUUAUCAAGAGACAAAAUCCGUAUUGGUUGGCCGUGGUCGAAUGGAACCUAAAGUUUUUCAAAAACAUUCGCAUGAACAUUACUAUUUUUCCAGGGUCAACACUCUUCAGUGGCUCUCUUACAGAAAUACCACAACUAACGAAGUCAAAUUGAUAGAAUCUCAAAAUAUCACUGGAGAAACUACAAAUCCAUUAGACUCCUACGAAGACUGGUGGCUCACUCCUAUCUUUACGUCAGACAAUACCAUCAUUUACUACUCAGUUUUGAUUCUUUUGUUAGUUGUAACAGUAUUCACGAGAUGUCUAUCAUUUUAUAGAUGGUGUUUAACGGCUUCUACGAGAUUGCACAACCAGAUGUUCGAUAACAUCGUUUAUAGCCCAAUGAGAUUUUUUACCAUAAAUCCAUCUGGUAGAAUCCUCAACAGAUUCUCCAAAGAUAUUGGUGCGCUGGAUGAAACAUUGCCCAUGACACUUUUGGAUACCAUGCAGAUUGCGCUAUAUGUAGCUGGCAUAUGCUUUGUGAUUGGCUCGCUUAGUGUUUGGAUUAUGGUUCCAACUUUUCUGAUUGGUAUUUUAUUCUACUUUUUGAGGGUUAUAUUUCUGAAAACGAGCAGAGACGUUAAACGAGUGGAAUCAGUCACCCGAAGUCCCAUAUACACUCACCUAUCAGCAUCUCUUCAAGGCCUGACCACCAUAAGGGCUUUCAAAGCCCAGGAAAUACUCAAGAAAGAAUUCGAUAAAUACCAAAACUUGAACAGUGCUGCUUUUUAUAUGUAUCUGGCCGCGACGAGAACUUUUGGUUUCUGGUUGGAUUUAAACUGUGUUGUUUAUAUUUCUUCAGUAUUGAUUGUAUUACUGUUCGUCAAAAGCGAAACCUUUGGCGGAAACAUGGGUUUGGCCCUAACUCAAGCCAUGGACCUGACCGGAAUGUUCCAGUGGGGCAUGCGACAGUGGAGUGAAAUGGAAAACCAGAUGACUUCCGUGGAGAGAGUUCAAGAAUACGCCGACCUGAAACCUGAAAAACAGGAAGACACCGUUAAGGAACCGCCGAAAUUCUGGCCCGAAACAGGCAUGAUCGAAUUUAGAGACAUGUCUCUUCGAUACUCACCUGAUGAUCCUUGCGUUCUGAAUAAUCUCAAUUUCAUUAUCAAAGCCACGGAGAAAGUUGGUAUUGUAGGAAGAACAGGAGCAGGAAAAUCAUCUCUUAUACAAGCUCUUUUCCGUUUGGCAAGCAUCGAGGGUAGUAUUUUGAUAGACGAUGUUGACACAAGGACAGUGGAGCUGAAAAAACUGAGGUCAAAGAUAUCUAUUAUCCCACAGGAACCUGUUUUGUUUUCGGGGACACUCAGAAAUAAUUUGGAUCCAUUCAACGAGUUCAGCGAUGAGCUAUUAUGGAAUGCUCUGGAUGAAGUGGAACUGAAGAUCGCUGUUGCCGAUCUCCCGUCAGGUCUGGACAGUAAAAUGGCCGAAGGCGGAACCAACUUCAGCGUGGGUCAAAGACAACUGGUUUGCCUCGCUAGAGCCAUUUUAAGAGACAACAAAAUCUUGGUCUUGGACGAAGCCACGGCUAACGUGGAUCCACACACAGACAGUCUCAUCCAGGAAACCAUCAGGAAAAAAUUCGCCAAUUGUACAGUAUUGACAAUAGCUCACAGGUUGCACACCAUCAUGGAUUCCGAUAAGGUGUUAGUGAUGGACGCAGGACGAAAAGCAGAGUUUGAUCAUCCCCAUCUUCUGCUGCAGAACAAAACAGGUGUAUUUUAUUCUUUGGUGAUGCAGACUGGGAAAGCUACCGCCAAAAAUUUGAUGGCCAUAGCGGAAGAAACUUACGAAGCAACGCACAGUCAGUUAGUCGAGAGUAGCUGAUCAUGGAUCAAAUUUGUGUAAGUUUUGGUAAGUUUUUCACUGCUG